GAGCGUGAACAGUGGUGCCGUACCAUAGACUUCUUCACCGCAGACAUCGAUACAGAGCUGGUGGACUUGCUGAUCGAGGACGGCAUCCUGUUCGAUUGGUCUGGGUUGACGUGCCCAGUAUGCGGCAAGGGCCCCCUCGGCGACCGCUGCAUCAAGCAGUGGGCGAGUGGGCGCGGCUACGAGCGGAGGUGCAGUGGCGGCAAGAAUUGCGGCCAGCAGAUCCGCCAGCGCUGCGGCAAUAACCGCGAGAUGAUCGAGGGCAUGGCCCGCAACCUCGACGUGGCUCGCCAGCAGUGCGUUGGGAAGUGCGAGAGGGGCGUCGCGUGCGGCGACGGGGAGAAGUGGUUGGACGUGGAAGCUGACGAGUCAGUCUUUGCCACAGUGAUCACAGGGGACACGGAGGCGAAGGAGCGGGGGCAGUGGGCGGGCGUCGUGGACAGGGGCGAGCCAGACGCGGUCGUGCUGUUCAAGACAGAGUCGGACCGCGCCGCCAAGAACGCACCUGGCCCAGGCGCUGUCAAGAAGAGCGACUGGCAACCCUUCCUCUCGAGCCGCCUCAAGGAUCGCAAGGUGAUCUCGCGCUCGGGCAGUGCCGGGGGCCGCGAGAUGAGGGCGCUUGGCGUGCUCCACGACGCAGCAAUCCACUGUGGGGGGCGCGUGGGGCGGGGGGGCAAGUUGGCGCGGAUCAAGCCCGUGUGCUCCAAGAUCGCCGAGCACAAGCUCCCGAUCGGCAACGCGUUGAAGGUCAAGGCGGGCGCGCAGAUCAUCGACGGGGCCUGGAAGCACGUCAGGAAGCGCCACUUGCCGCCCGCGUCCGCUCCGCUCAGUGGGGGCGCUGGCGUCGGUCAGGAUCUUUGGGCCGUCGCGAGCGCGAUGGUGCUCGACUGG